AUGGCUGCUGAUAACAUCACCCAGAUCUCUGCCUCUAACCCUCUGAACCGGAGCGGAUGCGACGUGUUUGUGUACCAGAAAGCAGCGGUGGUCCUUUUCCCCAUUUUCUACAUGGUGGUUUUCCUGAUCAGUGUGUGUGGCAACAGCCUGGUUCUCUAUGUGAUCUGCCAGAGGAAGCACAAGUUCAAUUCCACCUCCAUCUACCUGGUCAACCUCGCUCUCUCCGACACCCUCUUCACACUGGCCCUGCCGGGCAGAAUCACUUACUACAUCCGUCACUUUGACUGGCCCUUUGGGGACUUUCUCUGCAGACUGACCACGCUUCUCUUUUUUGCAAACACCUACGCAGGUAUUGGUUUCAUGACCUGCAUCAGCUUGGACAGAUAUCUGGCCAUGGUGCAUCCACACCAGCUGCAGUCUUUACGGAGCUCGAGGGUGGUCCGCAGGGUCUGCUGCCUGGUCUGGGCUCUGGUUUCUCUGCAGACAGCUCCCCUGCUGUUCCGCAGCAUGCUACGUGAGCACCAGGGUAGAAGAACCUGCAUGGAGUACUUCACCUUCGAGGGCUCCCCCUCCAUCCCUUAUCUCCUGCUCCUGGCCUGCGCCGUCUCCUUCUGCUGCCCGCUCGUCAUCAUCCUGGGCUGCUACGCCAAGAUCAACCUGAAGCUGCGAGCGGCGGCCAAGCAGAGCUCCGUGACCGGCCGAUCAACGAGGAACCAUAGGGCCAACACCAUCAUCCUCCUCAUCCUCCUCACCUUCAUCACGUGCUUCAGCCCGUACCACCUCAACGUCAUGCAGUUCAUGUUCAGAAAGAUCAACCACCAGCCAGCCUGUGAUGAACUGAGGGCCUUUAAGAUUUCCUUACAGAUGACGGUUUCACUGAUGAAUUUCAACUGCUGCUUGGAUCCAGUCAUCUACUUCUUUGCCAUCAAGACCUACAAGAAGCGGGUGAUGAGUCUCUUUAAGGACUAUCUAUAUACUUCUGCUGCCUCCACAAAAAUCACAACUGAGAACAGCAGCAGCAACACCUGA